AGAGAUUUUGAAUAGAUCCUCUUUCUCUUAGAAAGUAUGGUAGAAAAUGCGGCUUUCCUUAUAGAACUGAAACUAUUUUUUUUUUUAGAUUUACGAUAAUGUCUUAAGGCAGUGAUCGUAUUUUCCUUGAUUCACCUGUCGUAUAAUUCAUAGUGAACCUGGUUGUACUGCGACUCUGUUUUCCUCAUCGUACUUUGUUGAUGAUCAACUAACAGUUGUUACCACACCUACCUUACAGUCCAGUCUCCUAGCUUUUUUUUUAUUGCUGCUGUAUGUCUUUAAAUGCCUGGGUGACUCCCUUCCUCAUUAGCUCCACAUUAACAAACUGUGUCUAAACACUCUUCCUUACUUCACUUCAGUACAUGGAAAUGGAGGACAAGAUGGAGAGAGGGAGGACCCGAGAACAGAGCAGAGAAGACCUCAUUUCUGAACAGACGGGAUCUCUGGGCUGUGUCGGAUGGUUUAUUGUGAUACUAUCUGGUUUAUUCGCGAUCUUACUUUUUCCAUUUACCAUAUGGUUUUGUUUGAAGAUUGUCCAGGAAUAUGAACGAGCCGUCAUCUUUAGACUGGGUCGUAUCACAGACAGGAAGGCAAAAGGGCCAGGGAUUUUCUUUGUUUUGCCAUGUACCGACUCCAUUGUCAAGGUCGAUCUGAGAACAGUUUCUUUUGACAUCCCACCACAGGAGAUCUUGACCAAGGACUCAGUGACUGUGUGUGUAGAUGGAGUGGUGUACUUCAGGGUCAAUGACCCCAUCGCUUCUGUAGCCAAUGUGUCUAAUGCUGACUUCUCCACUCGUCUUCUGGCACAAACUACGCUCAGAAACGUUCUGGGGACUAAAAACCUGGCUGAGCUUCUGUCUGACCGUGAGGGCAUUGCUCACAGCAUGCAGAGCACCCUGGAUGAAGCGACAGACGACUGGGGGAUCAAGGUGGAGCGUGUGGAGAUUAAGGAUGUGAAACUGCCAGUUCAGCUCCAGAGGGCCAUGGCUGCUGAGGCAGAGGCUGCACGAGAGGCCAGGGCAAAGGUGAUUGCAGCAGAGGGUGAAAUGAAUGCCUCUCGUGCUCUUAAGGAAGCUUCCCUGGUGAUCGCAGAAUCUCCGUCAGCCCUGCAGCUUCGAUACCUGCAGACGCUCAGCACCAUCGCAGCAGAGAAGAACUCCACCAUCAUCUUCCCUGUGCCCCUGGAUAUCAUCAAUCACUUCAUGCGAAAGUGACGACCUUAAAACACCGGGUGUGAUACACUGCUGCUGAAUAUUGAUGUAACAUAAUCUAUGUUUAAUGCUGAAAGUACGCACGUCUUUAAUGAUUGUAAUUUCAAGCUGUAACCAGCACACUGAUUUUUUUUUUUUUUUUUCUAUUGCGUGGACCUGCUAUUACUAAUCAUCAUUUAUUAUCCCAUACCACAUGAGUUUGUUGAUGAGAAGCUAAAUAUAAUAAUAUAAAAUAAAAACAAUAUUAAUUCAAAAACUUGUUUUUAUAUUUGUUCUGAAAAUGCAAAAUUGAGUAACGAAUUAGAAAAAAACCCAGAAAAAAAAAGUGAUCACAUUUGGUUACAAACAUGCUUAUUAAAAUUGCCAGAAUUUUAAUUUCUGUCGUACAGUAAUGAUAGGAGUGGCAGAAAAGGUAUGUAUGGUGGUGUUGACUUGUUUGAGGAAAAUAAUUAGGUUUGUGGUCCUGGUGACCGUGGUCACUUUUUAAUUAUUUUUCAGGUGACAUUAGAUGACAAUGUAACAAUGCAAAACUGCAUGAUUUACUAGACCAAACAGUUAGAGAUGGAAGUGUCACACAGGUGGUGAAUCAGAACGAAUAGUCUGCACCACCUUUACAUCCUGUACUACCCGUGCUAUCCAAUCAGGAGUCCCUUUGCACACAUUUUACAUUUGCUACCAUUAAAAAUAAAACCUGCACUGCAUACAUUUUCUCAAACAUUUUAUUAAUUUUUUCCUCUCUCAAAGAUAUUUGUGAAUACAUUUCGUAUUAAACCAUCUUUCACCUCAUCCUCGGGGUUUCCUACCACCCCACGUACUUUUUGAAAAAUUUUACUAUCAAACGCAGAGAGGUAAUACAUGAGAAAGGGAGAAUGAAAAAAAAAAUUUAAAAACGACAGGAAAAACAUGCUGCUAUUACUUCGUUGGUGCACUAAGACGGAACUAAUGUAAAUGUAUUUACAUUCAAAUUACAAUUUAAGUGUCAGCACAAAUUCAGGAAUUUUUUUUUUUGCCUCUGGAGAAAAUCCAUUAAGGGUAACUUCAUAGCUUAACCCGUGGUGAGAGUUGACCAAGGAAACAUUAGUGCUACAUAUUAAAUGGCUGCUACAUUGUGUAAUUUAAACAAAAUUACAAGUAUGGCUAAUAGAAAAUGCAGUCAUUACAUUUCUUUUGACAUUCAGAAUGAGACAUAAAUGUCCACAGGACACAUCAAAGUGCUAUGGUAAUACCAGUUUACUGUUAAGAAAAUUAUUCAACGGUGAAACUUGAGUUAAAAAAAGAAUCAGUGAAUUUAAUCAAUUUUGUGUAAACACUUUUAGUUGCCUUCUCAUUGACUGCACUCCAGGAGAAAUUUUGGUGAAAGGUGUGAGAACACAGUGACUUUCUGACUGGUAUGUUCUUGCAGCUGCUUUUUACAGAAAGACAUUCUCAAAGUCAUCAGUAGUGGCUAAAAUGAAUGAGGAUCGAGACGUGGUCCUCAAAUGCUGUGUGUUCAGUUUUUCACAUUCUUUUAUGAACGUUUGACCCUGUGUAUGUAUCAUACAAAAAUCAUUUGCAGGAUCAAUGCUGAUUCCUUUGUUUGUUUGUUUUAAAUUUUACAGACUUCCUCGUGACCAUUAAAAGUGCUGGUGUCACAUUUAAAAAUCUACUUAUAUCUACCUAUUACAUAAAAAAAAAAAACAAUCCAGGAAAUGACCUUACAUGCUGGCUACUCAACAAGUAAGAAAGCAUCUUUGCAGGAAGGUUGCAAGGAAUUUCGAGGCCCUAUGAAUCACCCUUCCCUCCAUGCAAUUUCUAAUAUUUUUUUAGAACAUGACGUGAGAGCAUCUAAACUCUAGACUGUAUAUAGGAAUUGGACAGAAAAGUCUGCAGUCAGAAGUGGGGAAAAAACUGUGCUGCACUGGUUUAAGUAGCUCAGGAUGCCAGCAUGUACACAGUAACUCUCACUGUUGCCUGUGAGAUUAGGCUCCUAUUGGACAGUCAUGCUGUGCUUUCAUCAUGUACUUUUUUGUGUAUAUAUUUUAAACAGGUUCCAGAGCAAAAAUAUGACAAUUUUUAAGAAAUUUUGCAUCAAAGUGCAUUACAAAUAAAAUGUAUUGUUGUUAUUAUUAUUAUUAUUAUUAUUAAAAUCAGUAAUGGCUUUAUAACCUAUGAAUUUGGAAUGUCAUAUGGAGAAAAAAAAUGCUGCAACCUCUCAGAGUGGAGACAAAGAAGUUGCUGCAGUACUGCAACUUCUUUGGCUUCUCUUUGUGGCUAAAACCUGUCAUUAGACAAUACCGUUCAUUUGUUGUAUACAGUCUAGAAAACUUAAACUCAAACCCACUUCCUAUUACUGUAAAAUGUACCUGUUUACAGCCAACAGAACACACACUGACCCUCAGCUCCACACUGGCCUCAUUUAUGUACAGUAGCCCAUAUUUAUACGUUUAAAGAUGUAGUAACUUACUUAUUUGUACCUCAGUACUGCACUGAGCUCUCACACAGGUCCCACAUACAAACUGCUUAGUGGGACAGAACCCUGAGGGUAAGUAAAUAAUUUGAAUACAGCACAGGAGGCAGUACUGUACGACUGUAUGAAAAUGAUUCUGUUUUGUGGUGUACAUCACAGGUGGCUUCGUAUACCAGUGGAAAAUGAUCUCAGGAAAUAUCCUGUGUAUAUGUUCUGUAGCCAAGUUUUAUAAAAGUUAUUGAAAUUAUUUCCUAAUCUAAAUUUAGAAAAUAAUUCCCUGAACAAUAUCUUCCUGUACACUGACAGCUGAGUGAACGUCAGCGCAUCACAGAAAAAUGAAACAUCAUACGUAUAAAAAAGGG